GCCUCUCACGCGCGUUGCCGCCAUCGCCGUUCCCGUUCUACCUCGCCGCGUCCCUGCUGUCUCCGCUCCGUCCGCAACCAUCUAGAUCCGCUCCUGGCCCCGGACCGGAUGGACCUCUCCGUCACCGUGGCCAUGACCUCCCCCUCGGAGCAUGGCGAGCAACUAAGGAAGCGCCAACACUCGCUAUCAGAACUGACUUACGUAAGGGAUGAAGAUGCAAAACUUGAGACCACACGUGCACGGCUGUCGAAUCUUCUCAAAAGGCAUGAAGAUCUGAAAGAGCGCCUCUCACGGGAUUCUGAUAAGCUGAUUUUUGAGCGUCUACAGAAAGAAUUCGAGGCUGCACGAGUUGCACAAACUGAAGAGAUAUCAAUAGAUGAUGAGCAGUGGAAUGAUGGUUUGCUGGCAACUAUCCGUGAGAAGGUCCAUAUGGAGGCUGAAAGGAAGGCGAUGGUGAACCAAACAAAUGUUCCAGCAGACUGUCAAUUUCAAUCAAGGACAACUUAUAGAAUUAGAAAUAAGGUUAUCUAUUGUUUGGAUGGUGCCAGAAUUGGUAUACAGUACGAGACAUUCUUCGCUGGAGAGCCUUGUGAAAUUUAUCACUGUGUUCUGGAGAGCAAGUCAUUCCUCGAAAAGAUGACUGUGAUUGAGCACACCUUACCUUUCUUUCUGCCGAUACGAGAAGUAGAAAGUGAUCACCUGUCAUCUAAUGCCAUUAAGUUUAUUGAUCAUCUUGAAGAAAUUUUACAGUCUUAUAUUGACAGGAGAGAGCAGGUUCGUCUUAUCAAGGAGCUCUAUGGGAACCAAAUUGGAGAAUUGUUCAAUAGUCUUCCUUAUAAUUUGAUAGAGUUUGUAUUAGAAGAUUUCGAAUGCAAGGUUACAGUGAGCAUCCGAUAUUCAGAUCUACUUUUCACCCUGCCCAGUCAGGCGAGGGUCCUGGCUUGGCCGCUUCGCUCUUAUAAAAGAAUAUCUGCAGCAGGCCGGCGGUCAAGUAGCGGAGCGACCGCUCAACCUGUACCAUUUCGCCUUCCCUAUGCCGAGGAUGCGUUGAAGACCUUGAGUUUGCCAGAAGCAUACGCGGAGAUUGUCCUGAACCUGCCCGGUGCUCUGAAGAAGGUGUUCUACUCUCAGGAAAGUGAUUGAAGCAUGCGUGUAGAAUCCACAUAUGAGAUUGAACCUUUUAAUGCCAGGCAAAAAUUUAACCUUACUGAUGUAUGUACAGAAUAUUAGACAACAGGGUAGUUGUUUAAUUCUGCCCUAGGUGUCUUCGAUGCCUAAUGGUUCUGUCCUGAAUGUUUCGGAGUGUUAGAAAUAUUUCAGGUGGCUGCUACUUU